AUGAAUAUUAAUUUUGAGGACACCAUUCAAUGUUUCUAUUUUUCUGAAAAAAAAUUAUCAAAAGAUGAAUGGGGACAACUUUGUUAUGUCCUGAAUGAAACAUUAACAUCAUUGUCUCAAAACUAUAUAUGGCAUAGAGAUGAAUUUAAAAUUGUUUUACCUAUUACAAUUUCUAGAGAGGAAGGAGACUAUCCUGACUAUCUUAUGAGUAUUACUUGUUUUGGUGAUAACAUUGAGGAUGAAUGGUUUAUAGUGCAUCUUUUAUUGGAACUUACUAAAAGGUACACUGAUUUAAUUGUAAAAAUUGAAGAUAAUGAUGGAGAUUUCCUUAUGAUAGAAGCAGCCAACUAUUUACCUGCUUGGGUGAAUCCUGAUAACACUGAAAAUAGGGUGUUCAUCUAUAAAGGGGAAAUUCAUCUGAUACCUCCUACAAUUGUGUCCAUACCCUCAACUCUUAAGUUAAAUGAAGCUAUAGAAAUUAUUAUACAAAGAUCAAGUGAAACUAAAGCAUCUUCUGAUAUACAAGAGGUUAUUUUAAAACGAGUUAGCUUUUGUUCAGAAAUAAGUAAACAUUUUCACAAGGCUGUUCUUAACCUCCCGGUAGAUAUAGCAGCAGUGUUAACUCUUAAACCUUCACUUAUCUCUGCUCUAGUGACUACUUAUUGCAAUGCUGACGCUUUAGAGGUUAAACACUAUAAAGACAUCCAUUAUGAUGAUUGUGUUAGAGUUGAAGUACUAUUUAGCAAGUAUUUGUAUGCAAUGCUUAUGAAUGCGAAAUUUCCUAAUAUUCGUAAAUUGAAGCAAUUUGAACUGAACAAAAUGAACCAACUCGGGGUGAAAUUAACCUGUGGUUACAAAACUAUAAUGAACAAAGCGUCGAAAGACAUUUUCGCUACAUCUGAAUAUCAGAAAUUUCUUAACAGCUUAACUAACAAUGGUUAUUUUAAAGAUAAUAUAGAAGGAUCUAAGGAUUACAAUCAGUUACUAGACAAAGCUAAGGAUUAUUUUUACACUUUAGAAUGUCCAAUAAAUUCUUAUGUUUCUAAUCAGAUCAGUGAUAUCAUAUUAUCUCCGGAAUUUGAUAAAGUUAAAGAAAAUAUAAAACAAAAAUGUAAAAUGAGCUUAUUUGAAGAAGACAGUGAUGAUUGGUUGAAUAUUCAGCCAGAUGAACUUAAUGAAUUUUUAAAUACACAAUACGGAAAUAAAGUUAAAAUUAAAAAAGAUGAGCCUAUAACCUCUGUAACAAUAACAAAUAAAUUAAGUAAUUUCUUGAAGGAAUCAUCGGAUUUUGAAGGCAUUGAACAAACAAGAAGUGAAGCACAAGAUGAUAAUAAUAUUGAAUUUGAUUCUGAUGAAUUCGUAAAUUGUUUAGAAAAGAUGUUAAAUAUAAUUUCAAAAGAUAGUGAUAUCACUCCUUCUGAUAGAAGUGAUUUUAGUGAUGAUGAUGAUGACGAUGGGGUUGAAGUUAGUCCCUCAGAACAAGACCUAGAACUGGCUUCCAAACUAAAAUCAACACAAAAAAGUAGUGCAAGUAAUAAUAGUGAUGUAUUGCAGAAUUUAAUACAAAGUAUGAAAGAAGAAGGCUUAUCAGGACCUUCUAGCACUGUAUUAAGAACCAUAGGAGUAAAGAAGAGUGAUUUACUAGACUCUGAUGAUGAUGAUAUUGAGAAUACAGAG